AUGAAUAUUCCGCCUCUGUAUGCCAAUGGAGACCCCCAAGACGUAAACGACGAGAUACCUCCUUGUUUUAUCCGGGGUACGAGUACGCCGGAGGAGGCCCGUCGUCGGUGGCAAAAGACGAAGGAGUGGCGGGUUGCAAAGAAGGUGGACGAGAUAUUGGAGAUUGCGCAUCCGAAUUUUCUGUACAUCAAAGAGCGGUAUCCACAUGCUUUGCACAAGAUUGGGUCUAAGGGAAUGUAUAUCUAUAUUGAGCGUCCUGGACACGGGCGGCUGGCGGAGGUAUGGUCGGCGGGGUUGACGUUGGACGACAUGGAGCAGCAUUAUACGUUUACGACCGAGUAUCUGUGGCGCGUGUUGGAGCCGCGGGAGGACGCGCAGUUCGUGUCUGUUUUCGACAUCGAUAACUGCUCAAUGUCGGACCUAACGGGGGACACGUUCUCUAUGCUGAAGAGGUGCAGCCAGGUGAUUGGGCAGCACUACCCCGAGAGAGCGCACAAGAUCUUCGUAGUUAAUGCACCGGGCUGGGUCUCUUGGAUUUGGUCGACCAUUACACCUUUCCUGGACCCUAUUACCACCAAAAAAAUCAGCAUCAUCAAGAAGGGCAAGGACCACAUAAAGGAGAUCACAGAGUUUUGCGACGUGCAAGAUCUCCCCCCGGAAAUCGGCGGCUCGGAUUCCAUUAUGCUGGGUCAUAGCGAAGCCGAGCAGGGUAUGUUGGCGUUUGUCAAAACAGUUAAUGAGAAACAUAACGUACCAACGGAAGUAGACAGCUGCCGACCCAUGAACAAGUAG